GCAAAGAACACAUUUGAUGUUAACUGUUGAGCAACAUUCAAAGUAUAAAUAUUCAGGCUAAUCUCGGAAGUUUGGUGUUGUCACUUAUUAUUGCACUGAAACAUAAAAGAUUCAGACAUGAAGGCAUUUUGCUUGAUGUGGCUGUUGUUGGUGGGGCAAUGCUUUGUAAUCCCGGUAUGGGGGCUGAAUUUCUACACCGCAGCAGUCUAUGAACACCCGGCAGUGCUGACUCCAAGUUCAAAGAUCCCUUCUACACAUGAGGAGGCAAUGAAGCUUAUGCAGAAAAACCUGGACAUCUACCAAGAGCAAGUCCAUGUAGCAAGCAAACAGGGAGUUAAGAUAAUUGUAUUUCCAGAGGAAGGUCUCCAUGGCUUUCACUCCAACAGAGCUUCUAUGUUUCCAUAUUUGGAGCCCAUUCCAGAUCCUAAUGUUGUUCAGUGGAAUCCCUGUCUGCAGCCAACAGAAUAUAAUGAUACAGAGGUCCUUUAUCAACUGAGCUGUAUGGCUAGAAACGGCAAUAUGUACCUGAUAGCAAACAUGGGGGAAAGACAAGCCUGUGAGCUUAAUGACCCUCAGUGUCCACCAGAUGGAAGAUAUCAGUUUAACACAAAUGUGGUUUUUGAUGCUGAAGGCACUCUCAUAGCCAAAUACCAGAAAUGGAACCUUUACUUUGAAUUUGCUUAUGACAAACCUAAGACUUUGCAACAUGUCAUCUUCAAUACACCUUUUGCUGGAAAAUUUGGCAUCUUUACUUGCUUUGAUAUAUUGUUCUAUGAGCCAGCAGUAAGUUUAAUUGAGCAUUAUGGUGUAAAACAAAUUGUAUUUCCCACAGCCUGGAUGAACCAGCUGCCUCUCUUAUCUGCAAUAGAGUUUCAUCAAGCAUUUGCCGCUGCAUUCGGUAUCAACCUUCUAGCAGCCAAUCAGCAUCAUCCUGAAUACAAUAUGACAGGAAGUGGCAUCUACACUCCUUUAGAUUUCCCCUAUUACUACAAUGCGAAGAGCAGUGAAGGAAAACUUCUUGUUGCCGAGGUCCCUAUAAUUACAUCCAUUAAAGAUCACAGCCCAGAACAGUCUAAGUCUCAGAGGACAUCAGAUUUUCUUCAGAGGAACAGUCAUAUCGAACUUUCUGUCCUUCAGCAGCAGAAGCGGAGAGUAAAACCAGAAAAAAUUGGCCCAUUGAAACAUUCUACACUCUCCCACGUAGAUAGUCCUGGAAAUAUUUUUCAUGCUUUGAUGAUGUUUGAUAAUUAUACAUUUAUCUCUUUGAAAGGCAAGGAAGGUAACCUGCAAGUUUGUUCCAACAGCCUUUGUUGCCAUGUAGCCUAUGAACAUGCUAACACACCCAGUGAUCUGUAUGCUUUAGGAGCCUUUGAUGGGCUUCACACAGUAAAUGGCAUCUACUACCUGCAAGUCUGUGCCUUGGUGAAGUGUGCAGGCUCUAGAUAUGACACCUGUGGACAAAAUGUUACAAGUGCCUCCGACAUCAUAGGUUUUAAGUUGUGGGGGAAUUUCAGCACACGCCAUAUUUUUCCAGAAAUACUGGCUAGUGAGAUGAAAAUGUAUCGUGCGGAUACCAUAGGAUGGGAUAAAAAUGAUUUUUAUAUGACUAAGAACGGGAUGUCAGCAGGUCUUGUGACUGCAGCACUCUAUGGACGGUGGUACAAAAGAGAUUCUUCUUCUCGAGGUGUCUGCCUGAAGGCAGAUGCUUCGCCCAACCAUGGCAAAGUGUCAUUUUUUUUAAACUAUGGUUAGGGUAAAGCAGCAGCCUCUUGAGUGUACCUCAGCCAGAAUGGGAAUCGAACCAAGGGCUGUUUGCAGAAUAUUUACUCACUGAUAAGAAAUUAAGACCUGUAGAAAAUCAGAAAGAUUUAGAAGUCUAGGUAGAGAAAACAUCAAAAACUAGUGGACAGGUGCUAAACAAUUUAAUAGACUAAUGGAAAGUUGACCUUUACCUCAAGGAGGCUAAGAUACAAAGAAUAGAAGUUAUGCUACAGAUAUAUAAAGCUCUGUUCAACCCAUUCGGGGUACUGCCAUUUGUUCUGGGCACUGCACCUCAGGAAAGAUAUAUUUUCAUUCAAGGGGAUGCAGCACAAAUUCACCAGAAUGAGACCGGGGCUCAUGAACUUAAACUAUGAAGAUAGAUUGCACGGACUAGGCUUGUAUUUCUUUGAAUGUAGAAGAUCGAGCAUGAUUUAAUUAAGGCAUUUAAAAUGAUUCAAUGGGUUGAUAGAUUGAAAAGAAAUAUUUCCUCUGGUGGGGAAUCCAGAACAAGGUAACAUAAUCCUAAAUGUAGAGAUAGGCUGUUCAAAGUUGAUGCCAGGAAGGAAUUCACAAAAAGGAUAUGAAAAUAUUGAACUCUCCCAUAAAGCUGUUGAAGCCUGGUUAACUGAAAAUUUCAAAACUCAUUGAUUGUUUUUGUUAGGCAGGGUAUUAAGGCUUACAGAGGAUGGAUUUAAGAUACAGAUCAGUCAUAAUCUAAAUGAAUGGCAGAACAGGCUUGAGGGACUAAGUGUCCUAUUCCCAUUCCUCUGUUCCAUGGCACAUAGUACUGAAAGAGAUGAUGAAAAAAAAAUUAAAUAGGAUCCAAUAUAAACAGAACAAACACACUUGUGUUCUCUGAUAAUUUUAAGUAUUAUCUUCUGAAAAUUUUGAAUACGUACAAAAUAGAGUUAGAGAAUUUUACACAACUAUGAAAACAUUUAACUUCUGUGCUCAGGAUAUUAAUAGGUAAUGAUUUAGGUAUGUGAUACAGCAGCUUAAAAACAGCAUAUGCUACUGUUAAUUAAUAUCAAUUAAAUCCUCAAAACAAA